AUCUUGUGAGAGGACAAUUAUCAACACAAACUAACUGUAAGGCGCAUCUUGAGUUUGAGUCUCUCUAAUGGAGUUUUGGUCUCUCCUCGUUUAUGUUCUUACCAUUCUCCUUCUCCUCCCACACCCCUUUGCUCCUGCAAACGCGAAUAUGGAAGGGGAUGCUCUGUACGCCUUCAGAAGAGCUGUACACGAUCCAAACAACGUUCUAGAGAGUUGGGAUCCCAAUCUGGUGGAUCCCUGUACCUGGUUUCAUGUUACCUGUGAUGAUGACAAGCGAGUUACACGCCUAGACUUGGGGCAUGCAAAAUUGUCUGGCCACUUGGUUGCAGAGCUUGGGAAGUUGGAACGCCUUCGGUAUCUAGAAUUGUACAUGAAUAACUUGGAGGGUCCCAUACCAAAGGAACUUGGAGGGCUCAAGAGUCUUGUAAGCUUGGAUCUUUAUUGCAAUAACCUAACUGGGAAAAUCCCUCCGAGUCUCUCCAAGCUCUCCAAUCUCAGAUUCUUGCGACUGAACAGCAACAAGCUGAGCGGAAGAAUACCAAGAGAGCUUACCAAACUGGCAAGCCUUAAGAUCUUAGACCUCUCAAACAAUGAUUUGUGUGGCACCUUCCCAACUUCUGGCUCUUUUUCCAAGUUCUCCGAAGAAAGUUUCAACAACAACCCGAGACUGGAAGGACCAGAAUUGAUGGGAUUCGUCAGAUAUGACAUUGGAGGAAGCUGCAAUUAAUGGAUUAACUGAUAACAUAAUAUAAUAUAACCACACCCUUUUUUUUUUUUUUCCUGUUUUUAGUGUAAAGGAAAUGCCUCAUUCCCUUAUAUCCUUUUUCUAUAUAAUAUUAAUAUUAACAUAAGUAGUCACUUGCUUCGAUCAAUCCCUAUACGAACAUGCAAGUGCCUUUGCAUGUUGACUUGAAAAAGAUUCCAUCUUAGUGUUGGAAUGUUUAAUCCUCACAUAGCUUCUCAAUCA